AUGACUUAGCCGUGUGAGUGUGUCCGUCUGAAUAGAAAGAUGCAGCUGUAGAGCCUUGACUUCUCUGAGGAUAACCACGGUUGACGUGCUCUGAACGGGACUACCUGAAGAAAAACACAAAGAAAGGCAUUGAACUGACUUUCAAAAUGCUGGUGACAAUGCUAACAGCCAUGUAUAUGAUGGUGAGAGUGGCUGAACAGCUGGGUGUUCGGUGGGUACGUCAACAGCAACCUCUUCCGUAUAUGGUGUCUCAGCCACUGCCAUGGCAGGUCCACUAUGUCUCCCACAGUCGGAAAGGAAGUCUUUCAAAGGAGUUUGAGGGCCAGAGAAGGAACAGCAUAGGAGUUUACAGAAAGAGCUCUUCUUCCAGUAAUGGACACACCAAACCUUCUGCUGAUAAAGCAGCGGCUACAAUUCAGAACCAGUACAGGAAGUAUCACCAAAAGAAGCAGAAAGAACACAAAUGAAAGCUAAACUAUUAGUUUUUGAAGUGUCCAUUUCAUGCUGAUCAAACCCAGUAUUUUCCUUUCUGAACCCUAUAACCCCAGCAACUGUCCACAUGCAAACCUGGUCUCCAUCAAUGCUAAAGGACAACACCUUAUAGAGGCACAGUCACAUAUUCUGAUUUACAGAUAGCUGACACCUGCAUGAAAACACGUUCACACAAUGACAAACAUUUCAGACCAUUUGCUGAUAAUGGACGCCACAAACCUCAUACACAAAAACUUUCAGAUCUGUAUGAUAAAUGAGGAUGAUAUGUACCAUUUUUUAUUUAUUUAUUUUUCUUAAUGCCCUCUGAGUUUUUGUCAGAUAAUUAUGAGUAAAACUGUGUCCUCAAAAUAUAAUUAAAUACCCCCCCCCCCCCACCUCCUAUAUUUACUUUAGGUUAACCACACUGUGUACCAAUAUAUGUAAUUUAAUUGUAACAUUUAUAAGUUACAUACUACGUGGGUAUGUGCCUAGGUGAAGAAGUGCAAUGUGAAAAAUACAUAUCUGUCAUUUGAAAGCCUGCAGAGAGCAUUGUGUAUUUUUCAAAUGAUAAUGUAUGAGUGAUUUUUUUAUACACUCAAUGCCAUGGCAACGUACAAUCACAUUCAAUAAAGAUUUUAUUUAAGUCCCAAGUA